GGUCCGAGUGCUUGACGUGCUACUUAAUUCGUUCUUUGUGAUUGGCUAUUCCUCUCUCUCGAGGUUCCUCUGUCACAGGACCCUUCGAAUACACAAGAAAUCAAUGGAGCAUUCAAAGAUAUCAGUCGUCAGAGAAGAACCACGAUGUCAAAUACAACCAACUAGUCUCCGAUCGGGAACUUUCCGCGAACCUCAAUUAUUCGAAUUAUCCUUGCAUGGAGGCUGGGUGGACUGCAGAUGGUAAUUGGAACCUACGGAGGCAGUCCCGCUGUGGACCUGCUCCUACUCUCCGCAUUUUCGCAGAGAAGUGCGGAGGUGAAAAAUGCUGCCUCGGACGCACUUAGUCCGAAGGCCAACGCGCAUAUCUUCGCAUUACUGCCCCAUCCCUCCGCUUGUUCCUGGUUGCUUUUCCUGGGGUAAUCCAAGAUCCCAUGUCCAUUGAAUUGACCGGCAUUAUUCACCAUCCAUAGAUCGCGACAUCGGCAAGUGCAAGGAUGGCGCAAGAAGAACUUCUGUCUACCCAUGAGAUCUCGAAUCACAACGCGCCAGAUGAUUGCUGGAUAGUUGUAGAUAAUCAAGUGUGGGAUGUAACGGACUUCUUGGACAAGCACCCUGGAGGAUCCACGAUUAUUUUGAAAUAUGCCGGUCGAGAUGCCACCAAGGCGUACUCUGAAGUCCACACCCCCGGACUUUUAAAGGCAGAAUUGGCGCCAGAGCAGUACAAAGGCAGGCUUGACGAGUCAACGAUACACGAAAAAUGGAACAAACAGCCGGCGAGCGAAAACCCCGAGGCGGUAUGGGAGAAUGACAAGCCGCCACUCGAAACGCUGAUUAAUUCGCAUGACUUUGAGCAUGUGGCCUCUAGAACUGCUAGUAAAAAAACUUGGGCGUUUUACUCAAGUGCUGCGACGGACCUCAUCACGCGCGAUGCAAACAAAUCGUGCUUUGACCGUAUUUGGUUUCGGCCUCGAGUUCUGAGAAAUGUGCGGUCUGUAGACACAAAAUCCAAAAUUCUUGGAGUCGACCUCUCGAUGCCAUUAUUCGUUAGCCCUGCGGCCAUGGCCAAACUUAUCCACCAGGAUGGCGAGCGCGCGAUCGCACGAGCGUGUGAGAGCAGAGGCAUCAUGCAGGGAAUAUCGAAUAAUUCCUCUUACACGAUGGAAGAACUCAAGAACGCCGCUCCUGAAGCAAGCUUCUUCUUCCAAUUAUAUGUUAACAGAGAACGUGAAAAGUCAGCAGCACUACUACGUCAAUGCUCAGCAAACCCUAAUAUCAAGGCUAUUUUUGUGACUGUAGACGCAGCAUGGCCAGGAAAACGGGAAGCAGAUGAGCGAGUCAAGGCUGAUGAGAACUUAUCGGUCCCGAUGUCGCCAUCGCAGGCAAAGAAUGACAAAAAGGGUGGUGGAUUAGGUAGAGUAAUGGCCGGGUUCAUUGACCCUGGGUUGACAUGGGAUGAUCUUGUGUGGGUUCGGAAGCACACCCACCUUCCUGUAUGCUUGAAGGGCGUCAUGUCUGCCGACGACGCCAUCCUGGCAAUGCAGGCUGGACUUGAUGGUAUCCUGCUGAGCAACCAUGGAGGACGUAAUCUCGACACAAGUCCCCCCUCCAUUAUCACCCUCUUGGAACUUCAAAAGCGCUGCCCAGAGAUCUUUGAUAGGAUGGAAAUCUACGUGGACAGCGGCAUCCGACGGGGAUCAGACAUCCUGAAAGCCAUCUGUUUAGGCGCAACUGCGGUGGGCAUGGGACGCAGUAUGCUCUUCGCAACCAACUAUAGCCAGGAUGGAGUGGAGCAUCUGAUCGAUAUUAUGCGGGAUGAACUGGAAACCUCUAUGCGCAACAAUGGAAUUAUCUCGCUCGACGAAGCCGGUCCUCAUCUUGUCAACACGGGAGAUGUCGACCAUCUCGUGCCCAACAGUCGUUUACACCCUUAUGCUCGGAAGAUCGCCAGGGGCCGGAAUUCCAGAGCAUCAAAGCUCUAAAGAGCUUGGGCCAGUUUGGCAAGGAUUGGGUGGUCGCAAAUACAAAGCAGCCUCUCACGUCUCUUCGAUGGAAUAUCGACGCAAUACGGAUAGAAGAUAGUGUUACAAAUAGAUCCUGCUUUGACUCAUCUCCAUUAUUAUGUUGCCUGAAUAAUGAUGAAAUGUCCAUCUACUCCAUAGCCAAGGGCCGUGGUGGAGCCAGGC